UCCAAUCAAUUACUGUAUAAUUAAAUUCUUCUUCUUCCUCCUCCUCCUAUGAUUACAGACAAGCCCGUGCAUGAUCUUUCUUCUUCUUCUUCCAUGUCGUCUUCUCUCUCCCCGUAGAUCGCUCUCCAAAAUCAACACUCCUUCUCUCUCUCUCUCUCUGUGAACAGCCAUGUCGUAUGAUCUUCUCCCCGAUCACAUCUCCCGGCUCCAUCCCGAGUCCGUGCAAGCCCUAGAUUCCGCCGCCGUCGACCAUUUCGACCGGCUCCCUGAUUCUCUCAUCCUCCUCGUUUUGGAGAAGAUCGCUGACGUCAAGGUUCUCGGACGAUGUUGCCUUGUUUCCCGGAGAUUCCACUCCCUUGUACCUUUGGCCGAGAACGUUCUCGUCUGCGUCGAUUGUGUCAUCUCAGACGAUGAUUCCUCUUCCGCCGAAGAUCCUGGCUCAUCCGCCUUCGGUGAUGCCGUCGUCGGUGGCUCGUUGUCGGCUUUGUUCAGGGUCGUCUUCGGCCCAAUUUUCAAGCCGUUUCAGGCGCUGGGUCAGUUUCUGGGCCCGAAGCGAUCGUACCUCCGCUCGUCGUCGUUCGGCGAGGACAAUGGCCGCGGCGAGAUCGAGCAGGGCGAAGUCACGCACCACUCGCCGACGCAGGUUCUGAGGAAUUUCAAUAAGAUUCGGUUUUUGAGAAUCGAGUUACCGAGCGGUGAAUUAGGGAUCGACGACGGGGUUUUGCUGAAAUGGAGAGCCGAUUUUGGAUCCACGCUGGAAAAUUGCGUGAUUCUCGGCGCAUCUUCGGUGACUCGAGCGAAUCCCGCCGGAAAUCACGAGAACUCUGCUGAUUCGGCCUCCAUUGACGACAAUGGAAACAUACCUGAGUCGUUCUACACCAAUGGCGGCUUGAAACUCCGCGUAGUUUGGACGAUCAGCUCCUUGAUCGCCGCCUCGGCACGACAUUACCUGCUUCAGCCGAUCAUCAGAGAACACAAAACACUAGACCGUCUGGUUCUGUCGGAUGCAGAUGGACAAGGAGUUCUGAGUAUGAAUAGAGGACAGCUUGAGGAGCUUAGAGUUAAGCCCUUGUCUAUAUCCUCUGCUUCGAAGCGGACGCUGGUACCAGCAUUGAACAUGAGGUUGUGGUAUGCGCCGCAAUUGGAAUUGCCCGACGGAAUGGUGUUGAAAGGGGCGACAUUGGUGGUUAUUAGGCCGAGCGAGUCGAAGAAAGAGGUAUGUGAUACUUCUUGGGUGUCUGGCGCGUUCGAGGAGCCGUUUGGCACAGCGGCUAAGAUGUUGAUCAAGAGAAAGACUUAUUGUCUGGAGAUGAACUCGUUCUGAAUUCGGAUCAUGCUCUGAGUUCUCAGGGCGUAAUACAGAGACCGGAGAAAGAAGAUAGGCAUAAAAAAAAGAAGAAGACAAGACACAGAGACAAAUCUCCCAACCUGUUCGAUCAACCGCAGUAUUGCGGAGAGUUGAGUUCUCCUCCUCAUGGAUCCGAUGGCUACAGUGUUCGAAACAGUGUUCGAAACGAAUCCACCACGAUAAUGUAAACUACCUCAUGAUGUGAAUAUUAUUACAUCUGCGGAUAGUGAAAGCAAGCAAAUGAGGACCAUGUUUUGUUCUCUCCAAUGUCUUUUCAACGUUGGAGCAAAUAUGAUGCCUGCAUUCUCUGCUUGUACGGGGCAUUUUUUCGGGGUUUAGUUAAAAUGCUUCAUAUUUGAUGAACUGUGUGAAAUCGAGACAACGAUUUGCAUAACCGGGACGAAGAUUUUUACCCGGUUUAUUACCCUAUCUUAACUGUUGUUGUGUUCAUCAUUUUGGUUCUGUUAUUCUGACGAGAAUUCGGAAUGCUAUUUGUUAGUUUGCUUAUGCUUUUUGUUUUUGUUUGUGUUUUUCUGGUUGACUUAUGAAUGAUGUAAAAGUUAUAAUCUUUCAUAUCGAUUCCGAGUUUCUUGGA